UGGAGCCUCGGGCGCAGGGAACACACAACACUCCUCAAUGGACUGAAUACAUUUGCGGAUUUCUCGUAUAACCGACUUCCAGGACCGCACUUUUUGCCUAUGGAUUACAAUCUUUCAGCCUGUAUUAUUCGAAUAGCGCGUUCACCGCCGCGAACCGUGGCUGCAUUAAAGCGCAUUAGGAGCAACCACAAGUUUUAACAGCAACUUUGCCUUCAGUUUCUCAAAUCUGGCAUGCAGAUACAUCAUAACGAUCUGUUUAGAGACUCGUUUUUAUUAACAAACAUAUCGAAACCUUUGUGCUUUCCUCCGGAGCUCACUGUAGCAAGUCAAACGCGCGCUGAAAAGUUGUGUUGAUAGGAUUUCCAGGAGUUUGUGAGACUGUAACGUCGGGAUGGCUGCAGCUGUCUCGAGUGGACAGGCGAGAUCUACACGCCGACUGGUAACAAAGAAAAUGUAACGAGUUUGUGCAACAUUGUAUCACUGGCGCCGAUUCCCGCGAAACGCUUAAAAAACUUGCCGUGCGCUCGACGCAUGUUGAAAAGCCGCGAAAGAAAUGGAGCUCUUGGAAAACAAAGGAGCGUAUUCGACCUCGUCUGUUUAAUGUGGACGGCAUACAGCCAGCCAUGAUAAACUGCAGCAGGACUCAUUGUUAAUGUUGGGUCGAGUCGGUAUUGUGACCAUGACUUAGAAGAAGAGUUGUGCCGUGUGACUUUCAUGGCGAAUUUUUGUCGCGAGGCCGUGUUUAGAUAAAGACGACGACGUGAGGCGUUCAGGGCUAUUUAUAUGCAAAUCGGUUCCCGUCUUCUUGCGUGUGAAUUUCAACCCAGAAAGGCGUGAUGUCGGUGUGUGCCGCCUGCGUCCUUUUCUUGGCUUUCGUGCUGCUCGGAGGCGUGAACUCUUUGGGAGCAUCUGAAUGUAAAUCGUACGACGAGCGCCCCAAAAACGCAGGCAAAAGCUCCGGCGCUACGCUGGACAGGAAGGUGGUCUGCAGUAACAUGGAGCUCCAUCAGGUGCCCUCUCCUGAAUCAUUUCCCAACAGGACAGUCUCUCUGAUUUUAAGCAACAAUAAAAUCCAGGAACUUCUCAAUGGCUCUUUCAUCGGUUUGACAACACUGGAAAGACUGGACAUAAAGAACAACAUAAUCACACAUAUUGCACCAGGAGCGUUUUAUGGACUGUUUGCCCUCAAAAGAUUAGACCUGUCGAAAAACCUGAUUGGCUGCCUGCAUGUGGACGUUUUUAAAGGUCUCUCCAACCUCAUUAAACUAAAUCUUUCAGAGAACAAGUUUUCGUCGCUCUCACAAGGGAUCUUUGAUAGCCUUGGCUCUCUGAAAAUACUGGAGUUUGAUAGCCCUUAUCUCCUGUGUGACUGUAACCUGCAAUGGCUGGUGGUCUGGAUCAAAGAGAAAGGGGUGGGGGUGAAGGAAACCCGCUGCUCGUUCCCUCGUUCUCUACAGGGUCAACUUAUACCCAACCUCAGACCUGAAACACUCAACUGUGACACGCCCCUCGAGCUCCCCUCGUUCCAGAUGACGCCGUCCCAACACCAGAUCGUCUUUCAGGGGGACAGCCUGCCGUUUCAUUGCACGGCCUCUUUCGUGGACGAGGACAUGCAGGUUUUGUGGUAUCAGGAUGGGAAGAUGGUGGAACCUGAUGCCACGCAGGGCAUCUACAUAGAGAAAAGCAUGGUGCAGAACUGCUCGCUGAUAGCCAGCGCUCUGACCAUCUCCAACAUCCAGCCGGGAUUCACUGGGAACUGGGAGUGUCGAGUGCGCACCAGUCGAGGAAACAACACUAGGACGGUCCACAUUGUAGUUUUGGAGAGUUCUGCUAAGUACUGCCUGCCGGACCGGGUGUCAAACAACAAGGGCGAUUACAGGUGGCCUCGUACACUGGCCGGCAUCACUGCGUACCUUCCCUGUAAACGUCAGGUGACCGGUACGGGCAUCUAUUCAGGCAGCUCGGCGGAGGAGCGGCGGGCGUGGAGGCGUUGUGACCGGGGCGGGCAGUGGGCGGAGGAGGACUAUUCACGCUGUGAAUAUACCAAAGAUGUCACACGUGUGCUUUACAUCAUCAACCAGAUGCCUUUGAAUCUGACCAAUGCGGUUCAGAUUGCACAGCAGCUGUUGGUUUACACCGCAGAGGCGCCUAACUUCUCAGACAAGAUGGAUGUGAUCUUCGUAGCAGAAAUGAUCGAGAAGAUCGGCAGGUUUGCAGAGAAAUACAAAGAGCUGGGAGAUGUGAUGGUGGAUAUCUCCAGUAAUUUGAUGCUGGCUGAUGAGCGGGUGUUAUGGAUGGCACAGAAGGAGGCCAGAGCUUGUUCUCGUAUCGUCGAGUGUCUUCAGAGAAUACCUGUUCUCAGGCUCAGUAACGGGGCUUUGGCUUAUUCUACUAACUCUCAUAAUAUUGCAUUGGAGGCUCAUGCCAUCAAAGCCAGCAGCUUCAACGGAAUGACAUGCACGCUGUUCCAGAAGGUCACGCUGGACCGUGCGGUCAUGGCCCACUUCGCCCCCAGGGACCCCGACAUCAACCCAGACCGUCAGCUCAGCUUCAAAUGCAACGUCACCACCAACCUAUCAGCGCUCGCUCUCAAAAACACCAUCUUGGAGGCGUCGCUGCAGCUUCCUCCGUCUCUCUUCUCGUCGCUGGGACGCUCGGGUCAGGCAGAGGAGGCCGUUUAUAAGCUCCACCUACUGGCCUUUCGCAAUGGAAAACUGUUCCCGCCCAUUGGAAACUCCACCCUCCUGAUUGACGGCAGCAAGAGGAGAAGUGUCGUCACCCCCGUGAUUCUCACGGAGAUCGAGGGCUUCUCACUGAGGAACCUGCUGAGUCCGGUGAACACGACCAUGAGACGCUUCUUGCACGGAUCAGAUGCCGUUCCCGCCUGCUGGAACUUUAGUCUUCUGGGAGGACAGGGUGGCUGGCAGAGCGACGGCUGUCGAAUCACCCAUCAGGAUGACAACUUCACCACAAUGUCCUGCGAUUCAUUGAAUAACUACGCUUUACUGAUGGAUCUUAACAGGACCGGGUACGACGCGUACAGCUUUAACCCCCUUCACCCGGUUAUCUACGCCACAGCCGUCGUGCUGGUUGUCUGCCUGCUGUCUGUCAUAGUCAGUUACAUCUACCAUCACAAGUCUGUGAGGAUCAGUAAAAAGUGUUGGCACAUGCUGGUUAACCUGUGCUUGCAUAUUCUCCUCACCUGUGCUGUGUUUGUGGGCGGCAUCAACCAAACGUACAACGCCAGUGUUUGCCAAGCGGUGGGGAUAGUGCUGCAUUACUCUACGCUGGCUACGGCUUUGUGGUCGGGUGUAACAGCACGCAACAUCUACAAGCAGGUGACGAGAAAGGCCAAACGUUACGAGGACCUGGACGAACCUCCACCUCCACCCAGACCAAUGCUAAGAUUCUAUCUAAUAGGUGGAGGGAUACCGAUCAUUGUCUGUGGCAUAACAGCUGCGGCUAACAUUAAAAACUACGGCAGUCAAGCCAACGCACCAUAUUGUUGGAUGGCAUGGGAACCAAGUCUCGGCGCUUUUUACGGACCGGCAGCUUUUAUCGUUUUCGUGGACUGCAUGUACUUCCUCAGCAUUCUCAUUCAGCUCCGUCGACACCCUGAGCGCCGCUUCGAACUCAAAGAGCCGUCAGAAGAGCAGCAGCGUCUCUCUGUCACAGAAGCCACCGAAGUUACGCCCGGCCACCUGGAGUCCUCAUCUGUGGCUGUCACGCAGCAGAUGCUGAUGUCGGCUCUGGUGAACGAACUUACUUUUGCUGCUCAGCUCCUCGGUGUGGCUGGGGCUCUUUUGCUUUAUGCGGUGCUGUGGGUGUUCGGCGCCCUCGCCGUGUCCCAGGAAUAUCCGGCCGACCUGGUGUUCGCCUGCCUGUUCGGAGCUGCCGCUCUCGGGCUUGGUGCGUUUCUAGUGGCCCACCACUGCGUGAAUCGACAAGACAUGCGUCAGCAUUGGUCACGGGCCUGUUGCCUGGGGCGACGUAACUUUGAUGUAGAGGUCGACUCUCUGCUCGUGCCAAUUCCGGGGUCCAGCGGAUCCACGUCAUCCGCCCGAGGAAAUGGAGAGGCAGCAAAAUGCGCGGCCAGCAGUGCCGAAUCUUCCUGCACCAAUAAGAGCGUGCCAAGUGUGCGUAACUCCACCCAGGGCUGUAAACUGACCAAUCUGCAGGUAGAAGCUGCUCAGUGCAAAGCGGACCCUGCGACACCCAAUGUCCCCCCCUUACUGGACAACAGCCUGACCGAACCAUCAGUAGACAAUGAGAUAAAAAUGCACAUCGCACCUCUUGAAGUCCAGUACCGCCCCAGCUCCGUCAACAACAACCUACCGGGAACAGGCAAUCUUAAUGGCCACCCCGGGCGACAUCAUAAAAACAGGUCACGGGGACACCGCUCGAGCAGGCUCACCGUUUUGCGAGAGUACUCUUUUGACGUCCCCACCAGCGUCGAGGGCAGCGUGCAAAGCGCCCCCCACAAGCGCCAGCACCAUCACGACAGCGUGCAGGCGCGCAACACUCGGCGCGCGGCGUACCUAGCGUACCGUGAGCGUCAGCAGAGCCAGUUACAACAGGACAGCAGCGACGCCAGCACCAGUUUACCCCGCCGAUCGCGGCACCUCGACAAGGGAGGGGCCAAAGGUGGACAUGUGCGCCUGGAAAACGGUUUAAGUAAAAGUUUUGGCCACGGGCUCAGCGGCAGCAUGAAGGGGUCGGGGACGGGAUCAGGGACGGAUGUCACCGGCCAAACUAAAGACUGUCCAAAACAGCCCCUCCCUAUUGAACUGGAGGUCCAGCCAAAGUCUUACGGGUUGAAUUUAGCGUGCCAAAACGGAGCUGCCAAAGAUUCAGAGAGACUGAACGUGGAGACUCCGGCGAAUGUUAAGACUGGCUUGUGGAAACAUGAAACUACUGUGUAGCGAGAUUCCGACUUUUAUUCCUGUAACUGUGAAUUUUAUUGUUUUAAACGGUACAGUUUGUAAAAAUAGUUUUUAAGGAGAAUUUUGCCUUUAUAUCUGAGAAAAUACAUAUAGUUUUCCACUUGGCUGUGAAUCACGAUCUUCUACAAAUGGUCUAUUUUUGUAUCAUUUAAGCCUGUUUUGUACUUCAUUCUCACACUGGUGAAGAUGCGUGAUGUGCCGCCACCCUUGAAAUAUAUACUGGGUUUAUCUAAUGUGUUUUCACAUAAUAAGGACGACUGUGUUCAAUUGCAGCUUUCAACUAAUAAAAAAAUCCCUUUCACAGCC